GCCCAAUGUAUUACAAUGGAGUAUACCAUCUAUUCUACCAGUACAACCUAAAAGGAGCAGUAUGGGGCAAUAUUGUUUGGGCCCAUUCAGUCUCAACAGACUUGAUUAAUUGGAUCCCACUUGAGCCCGCUAUCUACCCAUCCAAAGUAUUUGACAAAUAUGGUACAUGGUCCGGGUCAGCCACAAUCUUGCCCGGUAACAAGCCCGUUAUCCUCUACACGGGAAUCAUGGAUGCUAAUAAGACCCAAGUCCAAAACUAUGCAAUACCUGCUAACAUGUCUGAUCCAUACCUUCGUAAGUGGAUCAAGCCCGAUAACAAUCCAUUAAUCGUUGCUGACAUGAGCAUCAAUAAAACCCAAUUUCGUGACCCAACAACAGCUUGGAUGGGCCGAGAUGGUCAUUGGAGAAUUUUAGUUGGUAGUGUGAGGAAUCAUAGGGGUAAGGCAAUAUUGUACAGAAGUAGGGACUUCAUGAAAUGGACCAAAGCUAAACACCCACUUCACUCAGCCACCAAAACUGGAAAUUGGGAAUGUCCUGAUUUUUUUCCAGUGUCACUAAAAAAUACAAAUGGUUUGGACACAUCAUACAAUGGUAAAAACAUUAAGCAUGUUCUUAAAGUUAGUCUUGAUGUUACAAGGUUUGAGUACUACACUGUUGGUACCUAUGACACCAAAAAAGAUAGGUACAUUCCCGAUAACACUUCUAUUGAUGGUUGGAAGGGAUUGAGACUUGACUAUGGUAAUUAUUACGCAUCCAAGUCAUUCUUUGACAGUGGCAAGAACCGAAGAAUUAUGUUGGGUUGGGCUAAUGAAUCUGAUACUGUUGAUGACGAUGUCAGGAAAGGAUGGGCCGGAGUCCACCAUAUCCCACGUAAACUAUGGCUUGAUCCUAGUGGAAAGAGCUUGGUUCAAUGGCCCAUAGAAGAAUUAGAAACUCUAAGAGAGAAAAAGGUCCAAUUAAGCAAUCGCAAGUUGAACAUGGGAGAAAAGGUUGAAAUAAAAGGAAUCACAGCUGCACAGGCUGAUGUUGAAGUGACUUUCUCUUUCGCAAGCUUGGACAAGGCGGAGCCAUUUGAUCCUAGUUGGGCCGAUCUUUACGCGCAAGAUGUAUGCGCUAUUAAGGGCUCAACGGUCAAAGGGGGACUUGGUCCAUUUGGGCUCUUAACUUUGGCUUCUAAAAACUUGGAAGAAUACACACCCUAUUUUUUGGAUUUUCAAUGAGAUAAAUCGAGGUCAACACUUAAGAAUGAGACAACUAUGUAUAAACCAUCAUUUGCUGGAUAUGUGGAUGUAGAUUUAGCAGACAAGAAAUUGUCUCUUAGGAGUUUGAUUGAUAACUCUGUAGUUGAAAGUUUUGGUGCCGGAGGAAAAACAUGCAUUACAUCGAGAGUUUAUCCGACAUUAGCGAUAUUUAAUAAAGCACAUUUAUUUGCCUUCAACAACGGCAAGGAGGCAAUCAAAAUUGAGACUCUAAAUGCCUGGAGCAUGGCUGAUGCUAAGCUGCACUAGAACAUUUGGCAGAACAGAACAAUUUAGGAAAAGAAAAUAGUCAUGAUAUUCUUACCUCAUUAUGUUCUGUCCAAAAGGCAGCAUAGUAUAGAAAUUUAACUUGCAGUAAUUCAUGAAUGAUGCAAUUUUUUUAAUAUUAAUAAUAUUGUUCCACGGUUCUGUUA